AUGCCUCGACCCACGCGGCGCAAGCCCAAAGAGUACAAAUACUCGAGGUACACGUACGAGCAGAAGCAUGUCAUCUUGCAAUACCGGGACUCCCAUACUGCGGCGGAAACCAUCGACCGCUUCUUUCACGGUACACGGACGCAACGCCGCCGCGACACGGUCUACCAGCUGCUUGCAGCGUGGACCAAGAGUCGUCCAACGAUUGAGGCGAAGGCAACGGACGCCAGAACACGGGACAUCGAUGGAAUGUUGCUCAGCCGCGACAUGCUUGCGUUGCAUGCCCUUGACGUUGCCCCGUUCUUCGAACACAACAAGCCCGACUUCAAGGCGUCGUCCUCGUGGUGUACACGGUUCAUACAAUCCAACGCGCUGGCAGACCGAGCGGUGACCCGACAGUCCGAGAAGACGCCAGCUGGGGUGUAG